AUGAAGUCUCACUUCCUUUUCUUCCUCUUGGCAUCUACGCUGUGGCUCCAGGAUGUUGUCUGGUCCACUCCUGUGCCCGGCGUCGGAGGCUCCAGAGUUGCACGCAUUUCCAAGCAAAAACCAAGCCGGAAGGCGACCUCGACAGGCCUGACAUCAUUGAAAAAAGCGAAUGUAAUUCAGCAAGUCACAGCUCGACCUUUGGUGGCAGUCCCAAACAUACCCAAGAACAAAGCCAACUUUGGAACCACUGUUCAACUCUCCAAGGGUAAAAAGAGUACCAAGGUAGCAAAGAGUACCAAGGUAGCAAAGAGUACCAAAAAGGGAAGUAAACAGACAGCGAAAAAGCCUAUCGCGAAACCAUCGACUACCGCCAAGGGGAAAAAGUCCAAACGCCCAAAGCAACAUGUGGUCACUAGGCCAAAGACAAAUGUGCGGUUUCAACAUAAAUCUCUGCCCUUCAAAUUACCCAAAAAGGACGUACCCUUCAUCAACAGUCCUACCUCUGACUACGUAGUGCAGGAUAAAACAGGAAAAGGAACAGUAACCUUGUCGCUCGAGAGCAUCAAGGCCUGUCUCCAGCAAGGCGCCAAGAUCAACAACCUGAACCCCCGCUUCCCCGGGCACGGUAGAAUGAGCAUUGGUGCGGGGAGGAAUCUAUAUCCCACCGAGAUGCACACCAGGAACCAGCCGCUCCCAGGCUUCUUGCCUGCCCCACUGGACCCCCAGGAGCUCCUGCUGCAUCACCCGAUCCACGGGCCUAAUUACAAAAUAACACCACACGACAGGCCGCAUAAUGGAGAACCAGGCCCGCAUCGCUGUUUUUUCUCGGUAAAAAAUGGCCAAUACCGUUUUCUUGGGGUGGGGACCCAUUAUGGGGCUCAGAACAAUGGGUAUACCGAAGGUAAGCCGGUGAAAUCGUGA